UCUGUCAGUCACCCCCUGCCCACACUCCUGCCCGCUGCCUGACAUGAAUCUAGGUCGGAUGGGUGAGCUCUGCAAGCGUGAGGAAGACCAUCAGGACCCAAGAGAGGCCCAGGGCCUGGUGGAUGCGCAGCUGUCUGGGGCUGAGGAGGAGGAGGCCAUAUCCCCCUCAUCCUCCCCCUCUGUCCCCUUCCUGGGCACCCUGGAGGAGGUGGCUGUGGCUGCGACCACGAGUCCUGAACAGGGCCAUCCGAGUGCUCAACCCUCCCCCACUGCCAUGGCAGCCACUCCAUGGAGCCAGUCCAGAGACAACGGCUCCAGCAUCCAAGAUGAGGAGGGACCAAGGGUCUGGGAGGACCCUGGAGAUGCCAACUCCUCGCUCCAAGAUGCACUACGUUUGAAGGUCUCUGACCUGGUGGGGUUCCUGCUUCUCAAGUAUCGCACAAAGGAGCCCACCACAAAGGCGGAGAUGCUGAAUACGGUCCUCAGAGAUUACCAGGACCAUUUCCCUGUGAUCUUCAGACAAGCCUCUGAGCACAUGCAGCUUGUCUUUGGCAUUGACGUGAAGGAAGUGGACCCCAGUGACCACUCUUAUGUCCUGGUCACCACCCUGGGCCUCACCUACGAUGGGAUGCUGAGUGGUGAGCAGAGCAUGCCCAAGACUGGCCUCCUGGUGGUGCUCCUGGGUGUGAUCCACCUGCAGGGUGACUGUGUCCCUGAGGAGGACGUCUGGGAAGCACUGAGUGUCAUGGGGGUGCGUGCUGGGAGGGAGCACUUCAUCUACGGGGAGCCCAGGGAGCUUAUCACUAAAGUUUGGGUGCGGGAGCAGUACGUGGAGUACCGGCAGGUGCCCAGCAGCGAUCCUGCACGCUACGAGUUCCUGUGGGGUCCCAGGGCCCACGCUGAAACCAGCAAGAUGAAAGUCCUGGAGUAUUUCCUCAGGGUCAGUAGCAGGGAUCCCAAUCCCUUCCUCCAGCUGUGUGAAGAGGCUGUGAGUGAUGAGGAAGGGGCACCUGAGCCCGAGGGCGGCCAGGCACGGGGCAGGCCCAUGCCCAGCACCUUCUCCUGCUGGGCAUGAAGUGAGGCCGCUUCUUCACUGCGUGUUUCAUGAGAGAGCAGUGAGUGUCCUAAGUAGUGGAGGGGCGAGGUGGGAGGCCACUGUGGAUAGCGUCUGUGGGUUCUUGUUCUCUGUGAUGGAUCCUGGAGAUGGAUCUUGGUUUCUGUUAGG